AUGAAGUCGUUUUCAGUGUUCUGUUACGCGGUGUGCGCGGUGACCUUUAUUGGUUCGACAAGGUGCGAACCAGCAGAGGACAGUGCUUCGACUGACAAAGCACCACCGGCCAACAGGAGGAGCAUCGGCGAGUACCAUGGACUGUACGCCCCAGCGUAUCACACUCACUAUGGUGCGGCCGCGGCCACCUAUCACGGCCACUACGCUCCAGCGACGGCCCACUACCACGCUCACGGUUACGCAGCUCCGGCACACUACCACGGCCAUGGCUACGCACCUGCACACUAUCACAGCCAUGGAUACUCACCGGCACAUUAUCACAGUCACGGGUACGCACCAGCACACUACCACCAUCAUGAGACCACUGUGCACGGGUUCAAACACCAGCCUGUCGUCUACCAGUCGGUGGUGCACACGUAUCCAACGGCCACCACGAUCGUCCACAAACCAGUGCCGGUGCCCGUCGCCCACCCCGUCCCGGUGCCCGUCGUCCGACCCGUGGCCGUUGAAGUUCCUCGGCCGUACCCAGUGGCCGUCAACCGACCAUACCCGGUGACCGUCAUCAAGCCCGUCGCCGUGCCCGUGGCCCAGCCGUACCCGGUGACGGUGUACAAACCGUACCCGGUGCCCGUGUACCGGCCGCUCCCAGUGGCCCCGGUGGCCAGGCCAGCCGCCACCACCGUACAUUACGUCACUAGACUUCCGACAGUUCGCGUACCGCUCGUCAGGUAUCCGGCACCGUCGUAUCAUUCGCACUCUUACGCUCCACACUAUCACGGUGCGGUGGCUUACCAGGGUCCGUCUUCAUACCAGGGAUCGUCUGCUUAUCAGGGACAGUCGUCGUACCAGGCUGCUCAGUCUUCGUUACUGCAAGGAUCGACUGCUUACCAGGGAUCGUCUGCUUACCAAGGACCGUCGGCUUACCAGGGACCGUCGUCGUACCAGGCGGCGUACCCGGCUGAGGCAACGUCGUCUUAUCUGCAACAGCUGGCGGCUCUUAGAGCGGCCGGUGGCAACUACGAUGUGAACGAAGCGGCCGCACAGCAACAGACACUCCAAGACGAAUAUUCAUACCUACAAGAGCAACGGGACGUCGGUGCCACCGAUAUCCAUCACCAUCACCACGACGAUAACGCCCAUCACCUGCACGAGCACGGCUUGAUCGACCAGGACGGUGAUUUAGGAUCCAGCGCGGGUUACCCGUCGUUGACGGCUGACGAGACAUUCAAGACCAGCUUGGGAGUGCCAAACACCGACUACACAGGCAAGAAGAAAUAA